AUGCUCGCCGAUCCCAACUACUUUGACGCCAUACUGCAUACCUUGCCUCGCGUGCGGGCACUGUUAGAUCAACAGGCAGCGAUGAGCGCAGAGGUGGAGGCACUAGCGCGUAUGUGGGCUAAUACCGCUCAACAAGAACCUCUGUACCAGCUGCGGUCAGAAACACAGGAGUCUUUCAGCCAGGCGAAGGCACUGGAGGCGCGAUGGAAGGAGCUCGAGAAAGAGCAACGAGACGUAUAUCAGCGCUUCACCCCUCAAUUCCUCCUCAUGCGCCUCCGCCACGCCACCACCGCACAAGACGACCUCUCAGAAACUCUCGCCAAUACCUUCGUCUCUUCCUCAGCACCUACAUCAUCCACAGCCGCAGAGCCGCAUAGCGGCACAAAUACCCCUGUUGGCACACUUGCGGGCAAAGACAUCGACGACUUUGUGCGCGAGUACAGGGAGCUGCGGAAGGUGUACCACAAGCGCAUGAUCUGGGGCGAGAAAUGGGGGAAUGGUGAUGUUGAGUGGAGGGACGAUUGA